GGGGGCGUGAACUCUGGGGGGCGUGACCUAAGCGGUUGCCAUAGCAACCGGCGGCGGCGCGCGGGAGGGGGAAGCGCUGCCCCCGCGUCCCCUCACAGGCCCCGGCCUGUGUCGGUCCCUCCGCCGCAGCCCCGCUGUCACGGGUGUCGCCUGUCCGGCCACCCCAGCGCCAUGGCGCAGCUCCUGGGCCAUCCCGGCUGCAUGGAGAGCCUGCGGGCCGACCUGCGGGACCUGCAGGCGGCCAUCGGCGACGUCUGGGCCCGGGCCGGGCCGGUGCGCUUCCCCUCCUGGAAGUUCCCGGACCGCGUGUCGUGCGAGCUGGACGUGCCGGCGCUGCUGGAGCGGUACAGCCACCGGCACGGGGACCCCCAGUUCAGCCAGCACGCACAUGUCGCGCUGCUGGAGCUGCUCAUCGACAGGCUCCUGCUGCUGCUUCAGAGCUUCACGGGCUACGCAGAAAACCUACUAAGCGAUCGAGCCGAGCCCCCCACACAGGCAGUGGGACCCGGCAUGUCGGCGGGGCUGACGGCGAGGAGGUACUGGUGCAGCAUGCUGAAACUGGGGGCCUUCUGCCAGCAGCUCCUGGCCGAGAAGAAAGCUGGCAAGGAGGAGCUCCCCACGCUGCAACCCACUCCCCAGGCUGGGAAUGCUGAGAAGCACUCAAAACGCAGCUUGCCCGACGUUUUGGAGAUAAGGACUUCCCCAGAAGUUCCCCAGUCCACCUCUCCGUGCCCGUCAUCUAGUGUCAGUGGGUCAGACAGUGUCACCCCGGGCAGCUCUGUGCCCAAGGCUGCCAGCAGUGAGGCCAAGAGCAGCCGCAGUGUCCCCACACAGACGGCCGGCUCAGCCCCGGGAGCCUGCGACACCUGCGCCAGCGCCCAGGCCAGCCUCCGCCAGGUCGGCAAAGCCAUCACCAGUGUCUGCCAGAGCCAGAACAUUCCCUCGGCGCUCAGCAGGUUCCAGGAGAUGGUGGAGGACCCCACAGGUCCUUCUCGGACCCUCUCUGCAACGGACCUGAGCUACUGGGCUGCAGAGCAGAGCAAGGACCUUGCCCGGAUCGGCAAACACCUCCAGACGCUGCUGCAGCAGGUCAACCCUCUGAAGUCUGAGCUGCAAGAGUCUCGGAAACAGAAGGACGAGCUGCAGAAAAAGGUUGAGGACUUUUCCCGACUGCUUCAGGCAGAGAAGGAGACCCAAGCGCAGCAGAGGAGGAAGGCUGAGCAGAGCCUGAAAGUGAAGAACAAAGAGCAUUUAGAGGCUGUAGCCAGGCUGGAGCGGGACAAGGAUGACCUGCGGAGAGGAGCUGCUCUGCUGGAAGAGCGACUUUCGGCGCUGAAGGAGGAGCUGGCUGCGAAGCAGGCUGUAGUGCAGGAGCUGGAGGUGACCAAGAUGACCUUGCUGGAGGAGAUGAGGACCAUGAUGGUGGCCAAGAGCCGGGUGCUGGAGCUGGAGGAGAAGGUGCAGCUGCUCACCGAGCAGCAAGAGAGCCUGUGCCAGGAGCUGAGCAGCAGCAGCACCCAGUUGGAGAAGGAGAAGGCCAAGGUGGAGAGCGUUCUGCGGCAUCAGGAGUCCCUGCAGAGCAAGCAGCAGGUCCUGCUGCAGCAGUUGGACAGCCUGGACCAGGAGCGUGAGGAGCUGCAGGCCCGGCUGGGGGAGGCCGAGGAGGACGAGGCCCGGCUGGGGAAGCAGCUGGAGCAGAGCCGGGAGCAGCUGCGGACGCAGCAGGAGCUGCUGGACGUGCUGCAACAGGAGAAGCUGAGCCUGGAGCAGAACUUCUCAGAGCUGCAGGCAAAGGUGUCCAGGCUGGAAGAGCAGGCGCAGGAGCUGCAGGAGCGGGAGCAGCUCCUGGUGUUCUUCCCCGAGCUCCAUGUCCCCAGCGAGACGCAAUUUGAGAGCAGCGGGAGCGUGACUGAGGACAUGGAGAAGCAGCUGGAAGCCAACAGCAUCCGCAUCGGUGUGCUGGAGCAGGAGAACACGCGGCUCCGCUCCGCGCUGGCCAAGGUGCAGGUGGCAGCUGCGCAGGGUGUGCUGAAGCUCAGCGGGGAUGGCUGCCCAGGGCAGAGGCCGAGGGGAGCAAGUGGAGCCGAGCACAGGGGGAAGUUUCAGCCCCUCUUCUCUCCCCCAGCUCAUCCCACAGACCCAGCUGUGUUCCCAGCUCGGCAGCCAGCGCUGUGGGGAGGACGCAGGGCCGCCCAGCAGCCGAGGCAGCGAGGACAGCGCGGGGCUGCGGGGCCGCGCGGGUGAGCGCCGGCAGCGAGCGCCCAGCAGCCAGCGGUCACAGCCGCGCUCAGCCGGGCCCUGCCGCUCGCUGCCGGCCGCAGGGCUGCUGCUUAGCCCCCCCGAGCACGGCGGCAGAGGCACGGCCGCCCCCCGGCCCUCCCGGCGCAAAUGAACUCUGGUGAGACGCUGAAGUGAACCAUUCAGCGAGCAGCCGCCUGCCCUGCGCCGCGGGAGCUCGUUACCGCUUUGUGCAUCACACAAAGAUUUUAUAGAACCUUUUCUACCUCUUGCAAAGCAGCUUUCCCUCCCUGCUCAUGGACUGCGUGUAUUGCAGUUCUGUAUCAGCGCUAAGAUGGGGGAAUUGUUUCAGCAUUCUAGCUUGAAAUAGUAUGGGAGAAUACUUCAGUUACUACUGUUAUCUAUUAUUUACUAGUUCUUAAAUUAUCUUUUUAUAUUUGUUUUAUUUCCAAGUAUUUUCUCCUGACUGCUGUGCUUUGAAGAAUAUGGUCUUCAAACAUGGGGUGAACAGCUGAAAUGUUUCAGGUGGGUGAGGUUCUCAGCCACAGGGGUUAGUGCCAGUGUUGGGUUAACAGUUGGACUUGAUGAUCUUAAAGGUCUUUUCCAGCCAAAACAAUUCUAUGGUUCUAUGA